AUCCACGGCCGUGAUCACUGCGUUGCACGCCGCGCCGCGCAUUGGUCAUCGGCGUGACGAGAGCGAACGCGUACGGGAAAUAAACAGAGUGCGGCGUGUAGUAGCGGUGGCGAGAGCGCGCGUUUAACAACCAUGGCUUCGGCGAACAAGAAGGCCAAGGAACUGGAGGAUCCAGGCUCCGGCGAGGGGGACGCCCGGGAUUCACUCUACGAUGUCGAGAUACAGAAGACCCUGGAGGAGAUCGACGGCUGUCAGAAUCAAAUCGAUGGUCUGAACGAGAAGGCCAGCGACGAGAUUCUCGAGGUCGAGAAGAAGUAUAACAAGCUGCGCAAGCCCUACUUCCAGAAGCGUAACGACAUCAUCAAGAGGAUACCCAACUUCUGGGUGACCGCUUUUGUAAACAACAAAGAAAUAGCAGAAAUAUUGGAAGAAGAUGAAGAAGACGCACUGAGAUUCCUAAAUAAAUUAGAAGUUGAAGAAUUUGAAGAUAUCAAAUCAGGCUAUAGGAUUAAUUUUUACUUCGAUGAGAAUCCAUAUUUUGAAAACGAUGUUUUAACUAAGGAAUUUCAUCUAGGAUCUUCUGGAGAUCCAGCAUCUCAAAGUACAUCCAUCCGUUGGAAAGAGGGUGCAGAUUUAACAAAAAAAGCAAAAACCAAAACGCCGUUAAAAGGACGCAAGAGGCCACUCAAGCACAGAUCAUUUUUUGAUUGGUUCACGGAUCAUGGAGAUCCAAGCUCAGACGAGAUAGCUGAAUUAAUUAAAGAUGAUAUGUGGCCUAAUCCAUUGCAGUAUUACCUGGCUCCAGAUAUAGAUGUUGAAAAUGGCAUUGAGGGUGAUGGUGAAGAAUGCGAAAGCGAAGAGGAGGAAGAAGAGGAAGAUGGAGUGGAUGACGGUGAUGAAGGUGGAGAAGGAGAGGAAGGAGAUGACAGCAUAGUGGUAGUUGAGGAUGAUGUGGAUGAAGAUGAUGACGAGGACGAGGCUGUGAAUGAUGAAGACGAUGAUGUUAACGAAGAGGAUGAUCUAUUGGUGGACGAUGAAGGCGAUCGCGAGGAGGGAGAGACACCUGAAUAAAAUCGGAACUUUAUUUCUGAGAACAUCAUACUCCAUAAAUACCGUGAAAAAAAGAAAGAAAAAAAAAUGAAUGAAAUUGUGUGCACUGAAUCAAUCAAGAGCAGAUAGUCUAGUGGACUGAAAAUAUUAUGCCAUAUGAAUAAAUCUCAGGACAUAUUUUUUUUUUAAUACAUAAAAAUAGAAGAGCAAAAUUUAGAGGAUCUAGACUCUUUUGCUUGAAAACCUAUGUAUAAAAAUACAGCAUUUGUUAAGAUAUAUUGAAAGUGGUUUGCAAGGAAAGAGUCUGGAUUAUGUGUGUGGAUUAGAUAGGUUCCAUCUGUUAAUUAAAUCUGUAUCGGAACAUAAUACGAAUUCCUCAGUUAUAUUCAUAUGGCCUAGUCGUCGUUCCCUUAAUAAAAUAUGCGACAGAAAAAUAUCCGCUUGGUUCUUAAUAUCGCGGAUUUUAUCAAUAAGUUAGGAUAAAAUAGAACGAGGCACUAGGUGGGGAGUUUCAUUUGCUUUCUCAUGAAAAUUAUUUAGAUAUAACUUCCAGAACGAGGUGUUUUAAAUAGAAUUUUUGAGAGUGGCAAUUGUACCUCUUCUCUCGCACAUCAAUUUUUACACAACUAUUGUCUUAUUUUGAAUAAAACGCGUAAAAUAAAGAUUUUAUUCUUUGCUAUGAUAAUUUAUAUUAUUGCAGGCUGCGAGGCAGACUGCAUUUUUAUUUUACCUGACUUUUUAUAAUGUUAUUAAUAGGUAUACCGAGAAAUGUCUGUAGUGCCCCGUUUCUAAGUUGCAUAUUAAAAUUUUACACUAUAAACAUGAUAUAGCAUAUAAUUUCAGCUAUCCCAUGUUACAAUGUUGCCUGUAAUAAACACAUAGAUAUUGUAUAUUCAUGUAUUAUUAUGAAACUUUUACUUGCUACUUUAUAACACAGAGCUGCAGUUUCAUUAUCUUGAUACUUUAGUUUAAAUACAAAUUGAUUAUCUAGCGAUAUAGAAGCAUAUUGCUAAGCUCAAGGAAUUCUGUACAAUUUUCGAUAAAAAAUUACAACGUGAAAUUUGUGUACUUUAUUACUCACGGACAAAUGAAAAUGUGUUUGGAAAAUGUCUUUAAAAUCUAUUUUGAUUAAUUUUCUGUUGGCAUGAUUUAAACUAUUCAAAGAAUUUAAAUUUUAGCUUUUAAUAAUUGCAACCAACACGAAUUUGUCACACUCAAAAAGAUCUUUAUCUUGUCACCUCGUUCACGUUCUUCCACACUUCGUGUCACAAUUUACUCGUAUAAAAUAAGUGUUUCGUGAAUAUUUCUCAUAUUUGAUACGUACUUUUAAUCUACGAUGAUUUCACUUUACAAGAUUAUCGUAUUAUAUGACAAAGGUGAAAUCAAAAUACAAAGUUGCGAUGAUGUUUCUACAUCGUCUAUAAUUGGCGUCAAUAGAGAAAAAAUAAGAUACAAGUUAUCGGUUACACAUUCGCAUCAGGACACGUAUUAUAGAACUGUUCGAAAUGGAUUCCAAUCGAAAUUAUUUACUUAUUCCUUAGAUUUCCAUCCCGUAUUUUCUA